UAGGACAAAAGCUCUAAAUUCCAUUAUACUGCUGACCCAGUCAAUCAAUUUCCGGUUUGGGUAUGGCACGAAACGACUCGCGAUCUAGGUCGCCGUCUCACCGCCGACGCUACUCUCGUUCGCCUCUCCGUAGCAGCCGUCGUACCAGGCGCGACCGCAGCCGCGAUCUCUAUUCAUCAAGGCACAGGAAAAGCACAUCUCCUACGCUGAGGCAACACCAAAGGGAUAGAAGUAGUUCCUUGUCUCCCUCAUCUUCUUCAGACCAUAAAAUUGCCAAGAAAGAACAGGAAGCCAAGGCAAGAUUGCAGCAUGAAGCUGAGCUGAAACGACUAGAAGAAGAGACAGCACGGCGGAUCGAGGAAGCAGUGAGGAAAAAUGUGGAGGAAAGGAUGAACACCGAGGAAGCUAAAGCAGAAAUAGAGAGGAGGACAAAGGAAGCCUAUGAAAAGAUGCUUCUUGACGUGGAAAUACAGCUGAAGAAUGAGAAGGAGUCUGCUCUAAACGAGGCAAGAAGAAAGGAAGAACAAGCUAGGAGAGAAAGAGAAGAGCUUGAUAAGAUGCUAGAAGAGAAUAGCAGGAGGGUUGAAGAGUCUCAGAGGAGAGAAGCAUUGGAACUUCAACGGAAAGAAGAGGAAAGGUAUAGAGAAUUGGAGCUGAUACAGAGACAGAAGGAAGAGGCUGCAAGGAGAAAAAAACUGGAAGAAGAAGAAGAGAUUAGAAACUCGAGCAAGUUAUCAAAUGGAAGCAGAUCGCGAUCAAAGUUGCAUUUCGGCAUGGGUCUAUAAUUAAGAGACAUAAAAUCUCUGAAGAAGCGUUUUGCUUUUUGUAUUUAGAGUUUAUGAAGUUACAGUUUACUGAUCCCAACCAAGUAUGUUCAAAUCAACAGUAUCUAGCAGACUCUUUCUUAGAGUUUGUUGUUUCACUAUGUGUACUGUGGAAAAUUCAAUAUAGAUAAUUAGAUAUGAGUUCAGUUUAGCA